UGACCAGCAGCAGCGGCAGCAGCUUGACCAGAGCUGCUGAGGCCACUGUUCAGUCCUGAGGGGCCGCUUGGAGAGAGGGGGGAAAGAGUGGCCCUGUACUUCCAUGUUGCUUUUGAUGCCUGCUAGUAUUACAGUAGAAUGAGUCCUCUGUCAUUGGCUGAAUAGGCUGGACUGCCUACCGUGACAGAGUGUGGGCCUCUCACCCAAAAGGAAGCCAGUGUUCCACCUCUGAGCAGAAAAAGGGGCCAAAAUGAAGGGAAUAUAUUGAUAACCUCCUUCUUUUCUCUGUGAUGCCGGUGACUCUUCCCUUUAUGUGAGAAGAAAAAGCCGAGCCGAGUCCUACCGGGGUCCUGAUAACAACUUGAUGUGAUUAGUGUGCUGCGCUCCGAGCCACCGUGGAUGUGGAGUCCAUGUCGGGUUUUGGCGCAGCCCUGCGCUCAGACGGCUCCCGCAGACGGCAGCCUGCUCUCCUCUGCACUGGCGCUGUUUACUGGAAGCCGCUCCGCGCUGCUUCCACCAAGUGUCUGAACGCUGUGAGCGGGAUCUUUUCCAGAGGCGAGCCGCUCAAACUUGCCCAGUCUCAGCAGAGUCAGUGAGCGGAUCCGGGAGCGCAGCGUCGGCGGUUCCUGAGCUGCCCUUCAGCAGACACCGAGCAGCUCCACUCCGGUCUCCUCUGUCCCUCACUCACUCUGACGGCUCUUUUUUUCUUUUUCUUUUUUCUUUUUGUUUGGUCCCCGAGCUUUCUCCCUCUCUUGUCCUGGAGUGAAGAGCCGCAGAGUGGAUGCGCCGCCGCUGACUUGGAGCUGAGCGCAGAGCAACACCUCGGUGCCAUGGAAGUGCGCGCCCGGUGCGGGGGAAUGUACGGGCUGAGGGGGGGACCCGCCGCCUGGUAGCCAGCCUCCGGUCCCGCAUCAGGGGAGCAUGAACCAGCCGCUGCUCUCAGACUGUCCUUCCGCUAUCUGACAUUUUUACUCUUCACAUUUCCUCCCCUGACUUCAUUUUAGCGCCGCUUGUCUUCGCUGCUUUUCCAGAAAGGUGAGAGGAUCAAUGAUGAGCAUCUCUGAGACCAAUUGGUUUGGACUUUUCUAAUCAGAACCCGUUAAUCACGACUCAACACUCGACCACAAACCACCACCGCCAGGCGCCAUGGCAUGCUCCCUGUGGAAACUACAAACCUUCUGCUGGUUCCUCAUCACUCUGGCCCAGGUCCACUCCACAGAGGGCUUCAGCCGAGCCGCCCUGCCAUUUGGCUUAGUACGGAGAGAGCUGUCCUGCGAGGGCUACCCCAUCGAUCUGCGCUGUCCGGGAAGUGAUGUCAUCAUGAUCGAAAGUGCCAACUACGGCCGGACGGACGACAAAAUCUGCGACGCCGACCCCUUCCAGAUGGAGAACAUCAACUGCUAUCUUCCAGACGCCUACAAGAUCAUGUCACAAAGGUGCAACAAUCGGACCCAGUGCAUCGUGAUCACGGGUUCGGACGUCUUCCCCGACCCCUGCCCAGGAACCUACAAGUACCUGGAGGUCCAGUAUGAGUGUGUGCCCUACAGUCCAUGCCCAACCAGAAUAGGACCAAGAACACAGAAUGUUUCCUAUCGCAACUGCCCCGAAGUGGAGCAAAAAGUUUUUCUUUGUCCUGGGACUCUGAAAGCUGUCGGUGAUCCUUCCUUUCUAUUUGAAGCGGAGCAACAAGCCGGCGCCUGGUGCAAAGACCCGCUGCAAGCCGGCGACAAAAUCUACUUCAUGCCCUGGACUCCUUACAGGACAGACACCCUCAUAGAGUACUCCUCCCUGGACGACUUCCAGAACGCCCGGCAGACCAUCACCUACAAGCUGCCUCACCGGGUGGACGGGACUGGAUUUGUGGUGUACGACGGCGCCGUGUUUUUCAACAAGGAGCGCACCCGCAACAUCGUCAAGUUCGACCUGCGGACUCGAAUCAAAAGCGGCGAGGCGAUCAUCAACAACGCCAACUACCACGACACGUCGCCCUACAAGUGGGGAGGCAAGACGGACAUCGACCUGGCGGUGGACGAGAACGGCCUGUGGGUGAUCUACGCCACGGAGCAGAACAACGGCAUGAUGGUGAUCAGCCAGCUGAACCCGUACACGCUGCGCUUCGAGGCGACCUGGGACACGGCCUACGACAAGCGCUCGGCCUCCAACGCCUUCAUGAUUUGCGGAGUACUGUACGUGGUGCGCUCCACCUACGAGGACAACGAAAGCGAGGUCAGCAAGAGCCUGAUCGAUUACAUUUACAAUACCAAACAGAACCGUGGGGAAUACGUUGACAUCCACUUUCCCAACCAGUACCAGUACAUCGCGGCUGUGGAUUACAAUCCGCGAGACAACCAGCUGUAUGUGUGGAAUAACUUUUACAUCCUGCGGUACAAUCUGGAGUUCGGCCCGCCGGAUCCAGCGCAUGCUCCGCCCCUGUCAGAAGUCACCACGUCCCCCCAGCCGCCCAGAACCACCACCACCACCACCACCACCACGGCACACUGGGGCGUGGCCAACACCACCACCACCACCGGGUUCAGGGAAGGCAGCAGGGGAGCGCCCAAACCGCCGCCUGUAGUCCCGCAGACUACCUCCCCUCCGCCCCUGGAGUCCUUCCCUUUGCCUGAGCGCUUCUGCAAGACCACCGAGAAAAGAGACAUAACGUGGCCUCAGACCCAGAGGGGCAUGCUGGUGGAGCGGCCCUGUCCGAAGGGAACCCGAGGCACGGCGUCUUAUUUAUGUGUCCUUUCCACCGGGGACUGGCACCCAAAGGGCCCCGAUCUCAGCAACUGCACCUCCCACUGGGUGAACCAAGUCGCCCAGAAGAUCCGCAGCGGUGAAAAUGCAGCUAACUUGGCCAACGAGUUAGCCAAGCACACCAAAGGGCCCAUCUUCGCCGGGGACGUCAGCUCCUCGGUGCGCCUGAUGGAGCAGCUGGUGGACAUCCUGGACGCUCAGCUGCAGGAGCUGCGGCCCAGCGAGAAGGAUUCUGCAGGACGGAGCUUCAACAAGCUUCAAAAGCGAGAGAGGACUUGCAGGGCGUACAUGAAGGCCAUCGUGGACACUGUGGACAACCUGCUGCGACCGGAGGCCCUGAAGUCGUGGCAGGACAUGAACAGCACGGAGCAAACCCACGCCGCCACCAUGCUGCUGGACACUCUGGAGGAAGGAGCCUUCGUCCUCGCCGACAACCUCAUGGAGCCCGCCAUCGUCAAAGUUCCCGCCGACAACAUAAUCCUGGAUGUGUACGUCCUCAGCACCGACGGUCAGGUCCAGGAUUUUAAAUUCCCACAGUCCAGCAAAGGCGGCGUCUCCAUCCAGCUCUCAGCCAACACCGUGAAGCUCAACAGCCGGAAUGGAGUUGCCAAGCUGGUCUUUGUUCUCUACAAAAACCUGAGCCAGUUCCUCGGCACGGAAAACGCCACCAUCAAGAUGGCGAACGAGGCCUACAGCCGCAACGUGUCGGUGGCCGUCAACUCGGACAUCAUCGCCGCCUCAAUCAACAAGGAGUCCAGCCGCGUGUUCAUCAACGACCCGGUGAUUUUCACCCUGGAGCACAUCGACAUGGAGCACUACUUCAACUCCAAUUGCUCCUUCUGGAAUUACUCUGAGAGGAGCAUGAUGGGCUACUGGUCCACCCAAGGCUGCAAACUCCUGGACUCCAAUAAGACGCACACCACCUGCUCCUGCAGCCACCUCACCAACUUCGCCAUCCUCAUGGCGCAUCGGGAAAUCUCGGUCAACGGUGAAGUGCACGAGCUGCUGCUGACCGUCAUCACUCGCGUCGGCAUCGUGGUUUCCCUCGUCUGCCUCACCAUCAGCAUCUUCACCUUCUGCUUCUUCAGGGGCCUGCAGAGCGAUCGCAACACCAUCCACAAGAACCUGUGCAUUAAUCUCUUCAUCGCAGAGUUAAUAUUCCUAAUUGGUAUCGAUAUGACGGAGCCCAGGAUUGGAUGCGCCAUCAUCGCGGGGAUCCUCCACUUCUUCUUCCUGGCCUCCUUCUCCUGGAUGUGUCUGGAGGGCGUCCAGCUGUACCUCAUGCUGGUGGAGGUCUUUGAGAGCGAAUACUCCCGGAAGAAGUACUACUACGUGUCCGGGUACCUCUUCCCGGCAAUCGUGGUCGGCGUCUCGGCAGCGAUCGACUACAGGAGCUACGGGACCAAGAAAGCGUGCUGGCUGAGUGUGGAUAAUCAUUUCAUAUGGAGUUUUAUAGGACCUGUCACCUUUAUCAUCAUGCUCAAUCUCAUCUUCCUGGUGAUCACAAUGUACAAAAUGGUGAAGCACUCCACCACCCUGAAACCAGACUCCAGCCGACUGGAGAAUAUAAAUAAUUAUCGCGUUUGUGACGGAUACUAUAAUACCGAUUUGCCCGGCUAUGAAGAUAAUAAACGGUUUAUCAAGUCCUGGACCAUGGGGGCUUUCGCUCUGCUGUGCCUGCUGGGCCUCACGUGGUCCUUCGGCCUCUUCUUCAUCAGCGAGGCCUCCAUCGUCAUGGCGUACCUCUUCACCAUAUUCAACACCUUCCAAGGAAUGUUUAUCUUCAUCUUCCACUGCCUUCUCCAGAAAAAAGUCCGCAAAGAGUACAGCAAGUGCUUCCGACACACGUACUGCUGCGGAGGGCUGCCGACCGAGAGCUCGCACGGUUCCGCAAAGACGUCCACGGCACGGACCAGCGCUCGCUAUUCCUCCGGUACACAGAGUCGUAUCAGGAGAAUGUGGAAUGACACCGUAAGAAAGCAAUCUGAGUCCUCCUUUAUCUCAGGUGACAUCAACAGCACCUCCACCCUUAACCAAGGAAUGACCGGGAACUAUCUACUAACAAACCCUCUGCUGCGACCACAAGGCACUAACAACCCUUAUAACACCUUGCUGGCUGAGACAGUCGUAUGUAAUACCCCCACGGCUCCAGUGUUUAACUCGCCAGUGACCUACAGAGAGACAAGGCACUCACUGAACAAUGCGGUGAGGGAUACAAGUGCAAUGGAUACUCUACCGCUAAAUGGUAACUUUAAUAAUAGCUACUCGCUCCGCAACGGGGACUUUGGCGACAGUGUGCAGGUAGUGGACUGCGGCCUCAGCCUGGACGAUGCUGCCUUCGAGAAAAUGAUCAUCUCCGAGCUAGUACACAACAACCUGCGUGCCUGUAACAAAAGCCACCAACAGCAACAGCAGCAGCACCACAGUUUACACCACCCGCCCCACCACCAGCAGCCGCCGCCGCCGCAGUACCACCAUCACCACCACACGGAGCGGGCUCCUCCCAAGGUGACGGUGGUCGGCGGCAGCAGCAGCGAAGACGACGCCAUCGUAGCAGACGCUUCGUCUUUGGUCCACGUGGGCGACGCGGUGGGCCUCGAGCUGCACCAUCAGCAGGAGCUGGAGGCGCCGCUCAUCCCCCAGCGGACUCACUCGCUCCUGUACGCGCCCCAGAAGAAGGUGAGGACCGAUGGGGGAGUGGAAACCCUCGUCAGUCAGCUGACGCCCACCGACCCCGAUGAAAGUCUGCAGUCCCCCAACAGAGACUCCUUGUACACUAGCAUGCCCAAUCUGAGAGACUCUCCGUUCCCCGAGAGCAGCCCGGACGUUGUGGAGGACCUGAGUCCGUCAAAGAGGAGCGAGAACGAGGACGUUUACUACAAGAGCAUGCCCAACUUAGGGGCCGGCCACCAGCUCCAGGCCUACUACCAGAUAGGCCGGGGGAGCAGCAGCGACGGCUACAUCAUCCCCAUCACUAAAGAGGGCUGCAUCCCAGAGGGCGACGUACGAGAAGGACAGAUGCAGUUAGUGACAAGCCUUUAAAUGUAUUUAAAUCAUCCCAGACCUGCUGGAGGACGCCAGCGAGGGGAAGGGAAGCGUUUGUAUUAUUUUGAAGGGAGCCUCGUCGCCCCGUCAUGUACACCCCCUCCCUCCUCCAUCUGCAUCGUCAUCUCCUCCCCCCUCCACAAACAUGCCACUCUUCCUCCCUCCCUCCCCCGCAGGCCGAUAGACUCGGAGCACGGCGACGGCGGUGCAAAGUUUUAAGGAGACUGUACAUAAAAAUGCAGAGUCAGAUUUCAAUUUUAAGAGACAAGCCAACUAUGUAUUUAAAUGUGCUGCUGCUGUUGAAUAAUUGAGAAAAUUUUAAGGUACGAAAAUGGAAAAAAAAAGGCAAAAAAAUCCAAAAAACGAAUUAAAAAAACCAAAAAAAAAAAAACAUUACUGGCUCCAUCCAAUCAGCAAUUUUCCCCGUCAAAAGGUUGUACAUACACUCCCCAACAUCCUAGCUGAAGCCUGUUUUUUUAAUCGUGAACAAAUCGACACGCGCCGACCAGGACACGGACACGUUUGUAACACGUUCCUGAUCAGACUGUUAGAGAAGGAAUACGAGGUCCUGGUCGGCCUCCACCACCAUGAAGUCUGGAUUGUAUGACCACUAGCAAUCAAACCCUGGCCUUAUAUUUUCUCAACUGUACCUUGAACCUGUCGUCAAGGCAAAUGGCUAAAAUAUAUAUUUUGUUGUAUUGCUAGUGUAAAAUAAGAAUUCAUGGGAAACCAUAAAUAUGAAGAAAAACCUUUUAAUUGCAAAAUUUAACGUUUGAGAGACUAUUGUGUAGAAGUUGCACAUAUGUUAUGCGGUGUGUUUAUGGUUCCGACACUUCAUUCAUGGUAGUACGGCUUAGAAAAAGAAAGACGGAGUCAAAGAAUUACAAAGAUGCAUUAUCACAUUCUCCACUUGUGAACAGUGUUUUGGUUUUUUCCGUUUGAGUUUCAUCGAUAUCGCCCAUCGAGUUUAUUUGCCAAAGUGGCAUUACUUUAGUAGAACGGGAAUGCAACACCCCAGUUAAGGUGAUUUUAUGCAUUGCACAUUUUUUUUGUGUAAUUCCGAUUGAUCUAGAUCUUUUUAGAGCGAUGGGCAAAACGAAGCGAAACCGACUUUUGACAACAAAGUUUCUAUCAUAAAUGUAGUUCUUCCGCUUGGGUUUGGAUAUUUUAUUUAUUAAAUCUUUCCAAAAAAAAAAGAAAAGAAGAUAAAUGGGAAAUGUGUGGGUGUUUUCCAGCACUGGUAUACAUGCUGUACUGUAGCUCAUGUUUUCUAUGUAAACAUGUUAUCAAGGGGCUCAUCACUUAAGACUGAUGUAAAGUUCAACACUUGUUUAACGAAUACAAUAAAUGUGAGAUUUUUUGUCAAAUGCCA